CCGAAAAAUCUUGAUGCUAUAUUCAAACGAUGUCAUGAACAAAUUGAAAUCAGUGUAUUUUAGCCGAAUAAUCAAUAUGGCGGCGCCCAUGGCUAGAAAUCUAGCAGGUGGAAUCUACAGGGCGUUCUCAGCAAGUUGUAACUUGCAGCGUAUUCAGAGAUGUCUGUCAUCGUUGCCAAGUCCUUUGUCAUGCCAAGGAAGCAAUACAUUUUCUUCAGCCAUCAACAGAAACGCACAAGGAUCCCUGUUGAACAUUAGUUUGCCAGUCUUCAAUGCUGUUCGGUCUAAGGUGACGUUUAGCAUCAGGAGGGGCAAAGAGAAAUCAGUGCGAUCCGUUCCUAGCAGGUUCUUCAGAUUACCCUGGGGAAUAUACAUCCACGCGAGAGCUGGCCGCAAUAAACACAAGUGGAAUAAACCGGACUGGAUAAUAGCCAGAGGGAAGCAGCAUGUGUUCUGCAAUAAAAGUCGUGCUAAACUGUUUGACAAGAUGACAUCUCCCUACUGGAGGAAACACAGACAUUAUGUUGACGACCCAUAUGCACCCUAUUAUAAAAGAACUGGUCCUGGUAUGCAGGGAUCAUAUUCUCCGCCGAAAUUCCUGCCUUGAUCAUUGAUGGUUAGCUGUAUUGUAUCAUGGUUAUCAUUCGUUGUCAAUGAAUCUUGUUUAUCAGUCCACGUCUAAAUGUGAACAGAUGUGAUUCAUAUCAUCAAAUGUGAUGGUUUUUGUUUGAUACUGUCAAGUUACAAUCAAUGGUCUAUAACGUAAAUGAUUGAUGGACACUUUUUGUAACCCUUAUUAAGUUAAUGCUUAUGCUGAUAAAUUGAAUAUAAAAAUUUAUAUAAUUUAAAAAUAUUAUGAUUUAUCAAUUCAGCCCUUUUGCAAUGCCUUAAAAAAUUAAUACUCACCUUAAAAAAUAACUUUAUUUUAAAAUACAUGCUUAGGGCAAGUCGAGGUUUAGUAUUUAAAAACCUAUUGUCCUUUUUUGCCUUUUACAGAUAUUGUGUACUUUGAUGCUAAGGAAUCAAGCCAAACAGGGACAAAUUUACUUCAGUUUAAAAGAAAGGAACCUAAUGUCUUAUUGGUGCGAUGUAUUUGCUUUUUGGUAACAAUCCUUCAAACUAAUUGUGAUUAUAAAACAAUAAAUUGAGCAAAUAGAAUUACA